GCACUGAGCGCUCCUCACUACUGGUCUCUCCCCCUUUCCAACCAUCUUUCUCGCCAGGUCCAGUCAUGGAGCUGCGCUCGGAGCUGCCCAGCGUGCCCGGCGCGGCGACAGCAGCGGCGACAGCAACAGGGCCGCCCGUGGCGUCGGUGGCGUCGGUGGCUGCUGCUGCGGCGGCGGCCGCGUCGCUGCCGGUGAGCGUAGCCGGAGGCUUACUGCGGGCUCCACCGCUGCUGCUGCGGGCUGCGGAGAAGUACCCGAGGACCCCCAAGUGCGCGCGCUGCCGCAAUCACGGCGUGGUGUCGGCGCUCAAGGGCCACAAGCGCUACUGCCGCUGGAAAGAUUGCUUGUGCGCCAAAUGCACACUCAUCGCCGAGCGCCAGCGCGUCAUGGCGGCGCAGGUGGCGCUGCGCAGGCAGCAGGCACAGGAGGAGAACGAGGCGCGGGAGCUGCAGCUGCUCUACGGCACUGCCGAGGGCCUGGCACUGGCCGCCGCCAACGGUAUCAUCCCGCCGCGGCCAGCCUACGAGGUCUUUGGCUCAGUGUGCGCGGCAGACAGCGGGGGUUCUGGAGCGGGCGCCCCCGUGGGGGCCGGAGGCGGCGCAGCGGGCGCUGGGGGCGCAGAGGCCAAGUUGCAGAAGUUUGACCUGUUCCCCAAGACUUUACUACAGGCAGGCCGCCCAGGCAGCCCGCAGCCGCCGCUGGGGAAGCCACUGUCCCCGGACGGAGCGGACUCGGGUCCUGGGACAUCAUCCCCCGAGGUGCGGCCUGGCUCAGGGUCGGAGAAUGGCGACGGCGAGUCAUUUUCGGGGUCGCCUCUGGCCCGGGCCUCUAAAGAGGCAGGUGGCAGCUGUCCCAGCAGCGCUGGCCCCAGCGGCGGCGGCGAGGAGGACAGCCCCGGCUCCGCAAGCCCUCUUGGCUCCGAAUCCGGCUCAGAGGCCGACAAGGAGGAGGCUGAGGCCGGACCAGCGCCGGGGCUGGGCGGAGGCCCGAGUCCACGGCAGCGGACGCCGCUGGACAUCUUGACGCGCGUCUUCCCCGGCCACCGGCGCGGCGUCCUGGAGCUGGUAUUGCAGGGCUGCGGCGGCGACGUGGUCCAGGCCAUCGAGCAGGUGCUGAACCAUCACCGCGGGGGGCUCGCGGCCGGCCUGGGCCCAGCGGUGGCCCCCGAUAAGGGUGCCGUGGGUGCAGCAGCGGCCAUAGACGACGCAUGGCCGGGUCGCGUCGACGCUGCCGCCGCCGCCGGGGCUCCCGGGCUGCCUGCGUCGCUGCAGGCCGGCCCCGCCGGCCCCCAGCACCACAGACCGUUACUGGCUGGAGCCAUGGCUCCUGGGGCGUUGGGCUCGCUGAGCAGCCGCUCGGCCUUCUCGCCGCUGCAGCCCAACGCCAGCCACUUCGGCGCCGACGCGGGAGCCUACCCGCUGGGCGCGCCGCUCGGCCUCAGCCCGCUGCGCCUGGCCUACUCGGCGGCGGCGGCGCACAGCCGCGGCCUGGCCUUCAUGGCUCCCUACUCCACCGCAGGCCUGGUGCCCACGCUGGGCUUCCGCCCGCCCAUGGACUACGCCUUCAGCGAUCUCAUGCGCGACCGCUCGGCCGCCGCCGCCGCGGUGCACAAGGAGCCCACCUACGGUGGCGGCCUGUACGGGCCGAUGGUCAACGGCGCCCCAGAGAAGCAGUAGAGCAAGAGACAGGGCAGCCCGGCAGCCCCAGACAGGCUCCUCAGUCUUGUCCCCGAGGGCCGCCGGCCCCUCUCGGCCAGCCGAGUGCGCUAUUAGCGCACUGGCUGGGAUCCUCCGCUCCCAGGUGGUUUUCGGUUUUGAUUUGGAGGGUGGGUGGAGAGGGACGAACAAAAGGGAGCAACUACAGGUGCAGAUGUUCUCGGGAGGGGUGCACGGCCCGGAUC